AUGGAAGUGGGCUCGACCGCCAGCCCGGAUCAAGACUUAGGCUCCCAUGGCGCUGGAAGGCCCAAGCGAGAUGUAGCGCCGCACCAGAAGCGUGGGCGCAACCCACCUUACCACCAUCGAAGAGCGGUCCAAUCGCUGGCAACGAUGCAGAAUAUGGCGGAAAGUGGCUACUGUGUUCAUCUGCGGUUGUCGUCCGGCGACCAGCAGCAGGGUGGGCCCAAACCCGUGUGGGCACCAGCGCAGAACAGUGGUCCAUCGACGAUGCGAACGCCGCUAUGCGGAGCCACUCGAGCCGUAUUGUUGGUGAAGCCUGGCUCCAAGCCACACUCGCUGUAG